UAGGGUAGUUUCAUCCCCCUUUGGCACAAGAUUGCAUCUGGCGUUGGGAAUCUGAUUCGUUGAUUAAAAAUUUAUUUCUCGGCGUUACACGGUUAUGAUGGAAUUUUACAUACCUAUACGCUAUACCCGGAAGGAAGAGAGCCAAUUACGCGAUCUGAUCAUGCAAGUUGGAUAAGGAGAUGGACAUUUUACCUGUUUUUGUUGCAGGUGCAUGCAAAUAAUUGAUAGGGACUUUAAUCAAGCAGUGAUAUAUGUUUAUAUAUUCCUAGUAUAAACUGUUGUCUUCGAACUUCAGUAGUGUUUUCUCUUUAUUUCCCAGCUCAAUGAAAUUCUAAAAGUUCUGAACUUAUUUUUAUUCCCGAAUAUCAAGUUAUUAGAAUAAACCUGUAUAUUGUUAUUGAUUUUUUGGUAUCUCAGUUCAGUUAUUAAUUUUUUCCACAGUUUUUGGAUGUCUGGGCUUUAUUCACAAAAUUAUAUACCAUUUCAUCACCAGAUUUUCUUUUGAUCAUUCUUCUUUGAAUUUUCAAAUGUAGUUCAAAAUAUUUUACUAUACCACAUUAUUAGAUUGCUAUAGUUCACAGAUUAAAUAUCUCUCGAUUUAACUGAAUGACAGUCUGGAAUGUCAAAAGAAAAGCAAUUAUUAUGUGGAAAAAAGUUUAAAACUGCAAGUGAUUUGAAACGUCAUAUACAAAUUCAUACAGAAGAAAAACCACAUUCCUGUAAAAUAUGCGGCACAUGCUUCACACGUUUUAGUAAUCUGAAUUUGCAUAUGAGAAUUCAUACAGGAGAGAAACCAUAUUCUUGUAAAAUAUGCGGUAGAUGUUUUGCAAGAUCCAGCACUCUGAAUGCCCAUAUCCGAAUUCAUACAGGAGAGAAGGCAUAUUCCCGUAAAUUAUGUGACAGAUGUUUUAUGCAAUCAGCUGGUCUGGAUCGACAUUUCAGAAGAAUGCAUACUGAUGAGAGGCCAUUCUCCUGUGAGAUAUGUGGAAAAUGUUUCCCACGGCCUAGUGAUUUGAAGCGUCAUAUGCAUAUUCAUACCGGGGAAAAACCAUAUUCCUGUAAAAUAUGCGGGAAAUGUUGUUCGCAAAACAGUGAUUUGGAACGUCAUAUACAAAUUCAUACAGAAGAAAAACCACAUUCCUGUAAAAUAUGCGGCACAUGCUUCACACAUUUUAGUAAUCUGAAUUUGCAUAUAAGAAUUCAUACAGGAGAGAAACCAUAUUCUUGUAAAAUAUGCGGUAGAUGUUUUGCAAGAUCAAGCACUCUGAAUGCCCAUAUCCGAAUCCAUACAGGAGAGAAGCCAUAUUCCUGUAAAUUAUGUGGCAGAUGUUUUAAACAAAGAGCUGGUCUGGAUCAACAUUUCAGAAGAAUGCAUACUGAUGAGAGGCCAUUCUCCUGUGAGAUAUGUGGAAAAUGUUUUCCACAGCCAAGUGAUUUGAAACGUCAUAUUCAUACAGAAGGAAAACCACAUUCCUGUAAAAUAUGCAGCACAUGCUUCACACAUUUUAGUAAUCUGAAUUUGCAUAUGAGAAUUCAUACAGGAGAGAAACCAUAUUCUUGUAAAAUAUGCGGUAGAUGUUUUGCAAGAUCCAGCACUCUAAAUGCCCAUAUUCGAAUUCAUACAGGAGAGAAGCCACAUUCCUGUAAAAUAUGUGGCACAUGCUUCACACGUUUUAGUACUCUGAAUUUGCAUAUGAGAAUUCAUACAGGAGAGAAACCAUAUUCUUGUAAAAUAUGCGGUAGAUGUUUUGCAAGAUCCAGCACUCUGAAUGCCCAUAUUCGAAUUCAUACAGGAGAGAAGCCAUAUUCCUGUAAAUUAUGUGGCAGAUGUUUUACACAAACAGCUGGUCUGGAUCGACAUUUCAGAAGAAUGCAUACUGAUGAGAGGCCAUUCUUGUGAAACUUGUGGAAAAUGUUUUUUUUACGAGCAAGUCAUUUGAACAGACACUUGCGAAUCCAUUCAGGUGAUAAACCAUACUCCUGUGAGAUAUGUGGCAAAUGUUUUUCACAAUCUAGCAACUUGAAUGAGCAUAUGAAAAUUCACAUUGGAUAAAACCUUACUGCUGCAAAACAUGUGAGUGAAGAGUAUUCCACAAAAAAAAUAAUAUGAAAGUUUAUUUUCGAUGUAAACAAUGGGGAAACUUGUGCCGAGUGAUAUGGAGUGGUGGGUGAAAUGGCAAGACAUUAAUAAAGUCAUUCUAGAGCAGUCGUUUUUAAUCGGUGGGUGCGCCCCAUAAGGCGUUCGUAAAAAAAAUUGUGAGAGGUCGGUAAAUAUUUGAUCUUGCCCGCCUUAUUUUGAAUAUUUUCAACCUGUUUCUUAAAUAAAACAUACUUUUGCAUUGAAUAUGUUAUUUGUAGCUCAUUGUUAGCAUUUUUUUUUGUGGAUUUGGAGUGAGACUUUAUAAAUUCUAAGAAGGGGUCGAUUUAAAGUAUGAGAACCAUUGUUCCAGAUUUUGUAAACACAUACAGAAGUCAGUACUUUCGACCACGUUUUAGGAGAGCCAGGCUUGUCAUCGCAAGUUUGAUCUAUGUGAAUGAUGUUUUCCACUUUUCUUGUCAAUAUAAAAUAAAAAAAAUCUUAAAAUUGUUUUCUUUAUCCAUGUGACAGUGUAUAGUGUGUAUAUUUUGCAAUUUUCUUGCCCAAAUCUGAAAUUCCUGAAACGAUUUUUCUAAAUGGUGAUUAAACUUUUUUCAUUCUAA